AUGUCCGUCCGCAGCAAUUUGUCGGACAGAGUGCCCUACGCGAUGCCGUUUCUUGCCGGUAGUUCACUGACGAGUCCUGUUCGUUUGCUGAAUUCCAAGGUGGAUGCAACUAUCUUAGAUGAUCGGCUGGCAAGAAUCUACCAUGCCAUCAUCACGGGAUGUGCUUCUCGGUUUGUAGACUACGACUGCAAUCUGUAUGCAACGACGUCACACUAUCGAUUGCAAAGUUGGAGUGAAGGGUCGUCGCAAAGGCAUACGCCUGCUACCUUGGAUAAUUCUACAAACACACCGUUUACUAAUACCCCUGCUUCGGUUGCACAGCUAAAUGCCAUCUCCUUCCCGGAUUCGGAGAUGCCAUCAAAUGAUGUCUCCUGCACGUUCACUGUCAUCGGGGCCGUCCGUUUCCUUGAUCAUUUCGCUGGUCUCUACGGCAAUCGACUCAGUGCAACCGCGCGUAGACAGUCUGAUGCCGCGCUAAAAUCAGUGCUUCGCACAUUCUCCCUUCAGUGGCUACCUAGCGAGAGUACAUCAGCAGCUGAUAGUAUCUCGCAGGACAGUAUUCACGGGAUACCCACGAGCGAGGCAUCCAAGAACGCAUUCUACGAUUCUUGGUUUCAGGCACGGGAGAUUAUCUCACAAGCACAGUCUGUCCGAUCGUUCAGGGUCGUCUAUGCUAUCCUGCUCUUUUGUGGAAUCACCAUACCGGCUAAAGCUCCAGUCGAGUCAGCCCGCAAAUUCCUUGACAGCGGCCUGCAAAGCCUUUGUUCGCUGAAUGAGCUUAUCAGGCAACACUGUCAUACUCUUGGAGCACACUCCAUAUACAGUGGUCUGCUGGAAGCCAGUCUCAAUGCCGUGCAUUGGGGUGGAUACAUUCGUGACCUUGGGGCAUCACUCACCACGAAUCGUCCAUGCAGACUGCCUAUUCCGGGUCACAGUAAAGUGCUUUUCAGUACUGGCUCGGUCUUGUCCACAUUCGAUUGGACCAAUGACCACUGUUUCCCGCCCGGUCUGGACGACAGCAUCGCAAGCAUUUGUCAAAAGGCAGUUGCUGAGGCGUUUUACAUCUGCAGACAGAUAAUCGAGGUCAAAAACCUACUACACUGCGAUGCGUCUUUGUUUUGCAUGGAGGAUGUUGCCUCAACAGUGGCAGCCGUGAGCAAGUUCAACCACCAGUUCCGCCCGUUCAUUAACUACUGCAUCAACAACCUGGAACGUCUUUCCUUACCCUCUAGGACAGCUUCCGUCUCGCUCGUAUUAUUUUGGGACCUGAGUACCCUCAUCUUAGCCGAGGCGUUGGCUCUCGACAGGGAGAGCGAUUCUGUUGACGACACUAUCAUCACAAGCAUGCGCAUUUAUCAAGCUGAAGCGGUGUCAUCAGUCACGAAAACAGUAGAAUGCGUGCUCUCGCUAGCGCCCGACUCCGCCUUCAACAUUGAAAACGGUCUUGAUGCCGAAGUCCCUCUCAUCGCCUAUCACAUUACCCCGAGCUUAACGGCAACGGUCUACCAAAAGUCCAUUGAGACCUUGAUGCACUUUCAGCAAUCGCCGCUCUAUACUGGAGAGAUAGUGGACGAGGAUUGGCAAUGUCAGGUUGAUAUUGUGCUGAAAGGUCUCAGCUCACUAGGCGUGACCGUUGGCGGAUCCGAGGCGGCCGAAAGAGUUUUGCAGUCACUAAUGCCGCGAUAUGGAGACAUUCUCUCUGAGUGCUGGACCUCUGAUUUUAGCACUUGA